CAUGAUGAAUAGGUCCCAAGAAUGAGGUAAAAACCCAGUAUAUAUUGUAAGUUCUUCCUCGUUCAGUCCCAUUAGACCACACGAAUGAUUUACAAGUGUGAUUUCUAAUAUCGCCAGGAUAACUAUUGAGGUCAAAUAGUCUAUAAGUCCUACUUACGGUGCGAUUAAUGAUUUAUCAAUUGUGACAACAUGGCCACGGGGAGAGGGCCUAUGUUCAAGUUAGUCUUGCUCGGAGAAGUUGGAGUUGGAAAAACGUCGCUCUUCUUCCGCCUUCGAGAUAAUGUGUUUAAUCAACACAUCAAGACUACGACCGGGAUAGAUAGUUGUUCGAAGACAGUUACGGCUGGAGAUGUGCAAGUUACGUUUUGUGUUUGGGAUACAGCUGGCGUAGAAAGGUUUCGCACCCUGACCAGAAACUACUACCGAAGUGCUCAUAUAUCUGUCCUAAUCUACAGCCUCGACGACCCGUCGUCUUUACACUUCCUGCCAAAAUGGAUUGACGACACCAAGGACUUCGCACCAAAUGCGUUGAAGGUUUUGGUAGGAAAUAAAGCUGAUCUCGCAUCAAAGGUACCAGAGGAUAAUGUCAAAGACUUUGCUUCGAUCUACAAUUGUGAUAUGGUGUUCUGGGUCUCCGCCAAGACGGGCGAAGGUAUUGAUGACGCACUAAUCAAAAUAGCUGAAAAGAUGCUGGAUACACUGAAGAGGGAGGAGUGUCAAGGGGGACUAUUCGAUGAAAAAGACAGAAAGCGUUUGACGGAUGAAAGCUCUGGGGGUUCUGGGUGUGGCUGCUGAAGGGAAAGUAAUUCCAGGGGUGAUGAGGAGGGUUGUGAGUCAUGUAAUGAUUUGGUUCAACAGACAUCCAGUAGGAGGCGACACGAGGGCUGAGACACGGUGGGCCACCAAGUUGCGAUGAAUAGAAUUGAGAGUGAGAGGCGAUUAUUUAUUCAAGAGUUGAGAAAUGUUCUAAGAAAAUGUUAACAAUAUACGUUGUCCUGUAUUAUAUUCUUGUAAAUAUACACACAUUGUAUCUGAA